AUGAGAGAAGUCAUUCGUGUUAGAGACUUUCCUCAAAGUAAAGUACAAGAAAUUUCUGACGCAACUGGUAUAGCAUUUAAUGUUACCAUUGGUUAUUUCGACAACUCCAAAGAUAACAGAAUAAUUCACUACAUACCAAAAGAAUGUGAAACUGCUCGAACUAUUGACUUACUUCUUGUUGAACACCACUACAUGCUAAAUGAAAGAUUACCAAUGACAACAUACUUCAUUCGAAACUAUAAAGAAAUUCUCAAAGCUUGUGGUGGAAUGAACAUUGAGAAACAGAUGAAGAUUUAUACAAAGAGAGAGAACAAAUAUGUAGUUCGUUAUGAUAGAACAACACCGUUAUGGGAUGUUAUGAAAACAUUGUGGGAGUGCAAAUAUUUCGAACCUAUUUCUUAUGGAGAACUUUUCACAUAUACGACUGACUUAUAUAAACAGAACCUUGCACCAUUUAAAGAUUUGACAUAUGCUCCAAAGUAUUGUGUACAACUGAAGAAGAAAGCAGAGUCAAAAGAAGUAAAUAAAAAUAAGUGCAAGUUCAUUCCUGAGCACGUUUUCUUUGCUGACUUUGAGUGUAGCACAGACGGCUUUCAUAAAGCUUUUAACAUCUGUUAUGACAGUGAAGAUGGUUCAGUGAGUGAAAGCAUUUGGGGUCAGAACUGUGCAACAGAAUUUUUGGAGCGACUUCCUGACAAGAGUUUAAUAUAUUUCCAUAACCUCAGUUAUGAUAUAAACUUCAUCUUAAGACACAUGACAGAAGUGAAAGGAACUCCCAUCAUUAAAGGUUCACGAACAAUGCAAAUAACUGGUUUAUAUAAAGGACGGGCAAUUAUUAUAAAAGACUCUUACAGUGUUAUAAAUAAGAAGCUUAAACUAUUUCCUGCUAUGUUUAACUUACAAACAGGACCGAAAGAAGUAUUUCCAUACAACUACUACAGCAGUACUUUGUUAGCAAAUGACAACAGAACUGGUGUCAUUUCUGAAGCGU